AUGACCAGCAAGCCAUCUACAUGGCUAAGCAGUGCAGAGAAAGACUUGCUCAUCGUCUCGACAGCCCUCAAGUUGCUGCUCUUCCCGUCAUACCGCUCGACCGACUUUGAAGUGCACAGAAAUUGGCUCGCCAUCACGGGCAGUCUACCUCUACGGCGAUGGUAUCAAGACGUACGCUCUCGUGUUCCAGGUAGCUGGCCACCGUUUUUUGCUUAUUUCGAAUGGCUGCUCGCCCAAGCUGCGUUUGUCGUUGACCCGAAGAUCAUCGACGUGCACAACCUAAAGUAUUCAGCAUGGUCGGUCAUUGCCUUUCAGCGCUCGACCGUGAUCCUAUCAGAACUCGUGCUCGGCAUGGCCUUGUUGAUAUUUGCUCGAAACAACAAGUCAGACUCCAAUAGCGCGUUCAUCGUUGCCGCGUCUCUUCUGCUUCACCCGGGUCUGAUCAUCAUUGACCACAUCCACUUCCAGUACAAUAGCUUCUUGUUAGGCAUACUUCUACUGGCCAUCCUAGCAGCAAAACUUGAGAGAUAUGCGCUGUGUACUUUCCUUUUCGCCUCGCUGCUCAAUCUCAAGCAUAUCUUCGUUUAUCUCGCUCCUCCAUUCUUCGUCUAUGUCGCACGAGUGCAUUGCUUCACAGCAAACGGCGACGGCAUAUGCCUUGCAGGUUUCCGCACAGAUCGGCUACUGCAGCUCGGUACGAUAACCGCACUGGUCUGUGCUGCCUCAUUCGGACCUUUCCUUGCGGUGGGCGGUCUGGAAGCUGUUCGAGAGAUCAUUGCUCGCCUCUUUCCGUUCCAGCGCGGACUCAAUCACGCAUACUGGGCGCCGAACGCUUGGGCGCUGGCGAGUGCAGCAGAUCGAGUGCUGGUCAAAUAUUACAUGCAAACGGGCCGAGCUGUCAACCUCGAAGCACUCGCAUCCACUUCGCGCGGUCUCGUUGGUGACACUUCUUUCGGCGUCCUCCCAAAUGUCACGCCCCAGCAUUGUUUCGCAAUAACAGCUAGCUUCAUGCUCGUCUUCUUGACCAAGUUGUGGUUCCGGCCGACAUACGAUCGCUUCGUCAGCGCCAUCAUCCUGUGCGCCAUGUCCAGCUUUCUCUUCGGAUGGCAUGUGCACGAGAAAGCGUCAAUGCUAUUCCUGGUGCCUCUGAGUCUGGUGGCAACGCGCGAUCACGACCACUAUCGCAUCUUUGUGCUCGCCUCGAUGUCUAGCAUCAUCGCGCUGUUCCCGUUGCUCAUCAAUCGAGACGAAACGCUCAUCAAGUUUGCUUACACUGCCUUGUGGGCGCUACUUGUCUUUCCGGCACUACAGCAAUCCGUCCACAAACCCGCGCCAUCGCUAUUCUCGUACAUGACAUGGCGAGCAGAGUUGCUGUAUCUUGCAGGCUUUGUCGCUCUGCAAGCCUAUGUGUCUGUUCUUCACCCCAUCGUUUUCCCUGCGGGCGCGGACAGCCUACCGAUACCGGCGGAAGGACUCGUCGAUGCGGUGAGCAAAGUGGCAAGCGAGCUUUCAACGAGUAUGACAGCAAUGCUCGCAACUGCGUCAAGCCCGGUCGCAACAACGGCGCGUAUUGCCAGCGGCACAGCAGCUGUCACCGCGCCGACGGGCUUCACAGCUUCCGCAGGUUUGCUCCAGCCUGACCAGCCAAUGGUAGAAGCGGUCAUCAACGCAACAGCGAAUGCAAGCGAUGCCAUCAAGAGCAGCUCAGAAGCAGUCGCAAGCAAUCUAGAGUUCUUGCCGCUCAUGCUCACGAGCGUCUAUUGUGCGCUGGGCAUCUCGUGGUCGUUCGUGAGACUGGGCGCGUUGUAUUUGCAGAGCUGA